GUUUCAUCAACUUCCGGGAGGAAGUAGUUGUCUUGUCCUAGUUUCUGCUACUACGUGGACUGAGGUUUUUCUGUGUAACUUGCUAUACGCAAGCCGAAGAUGCCUAAACAAAACGAAUUAAUUGAUAAAGCUGAAGAUGUAGCUGAUCAGGUAAUUUAUAUUGCUGAUCCGCUUCAAAGUUUGUUUAGUUUUAUAACAUUUCUUCUAAAUAUCAUUAUGUUUUUGAAAAGGGUAGGCACAUGCCGGGCUCUUUUUUUCUUGUAGUUGUAGGAUUUUCUAAGAAGAUGUUGCCUAUUUAUUACUAUUAAUUUAUUAAUAUAUUUUUAAAAAAAAGUUUUUUCAUAAUGUCCUGGAAGUUUUUUUAAAAUUAAGAUUUGAUGCAGGAAUCCUGCAAGUUUCAGUACUCCCUCCUCCCACUUUCAUGGGAAAAAAGCCACAAAAAAACUUGAAUCAAAUAAAUACACAGCUAAAAUUAAAAAACUUUUCAAAAAAGGAACUAUGGGAGUAUGGCCAUUUCUUGACCUGGGGGAACCUCUAUGCUGUGGAAGAUAGUGCUUACUGCAAUCACCCCAUGAGUAAAGUGCAUCGAAUGAGCAGUUACUUAGGCGGUUCUAGUACAUGAUCAAAUUCAAAUAUGAUAAUUGUUGCUCCACUAGGUACUUAGACAGAAAUUUUCAGUAUUGUCACUUGUGACACUGCCAUAAAUGAUACAUCAUUUUAAAGGGCUAGCUAUUAGCUGUGCAAAAAGACCACUUUCAUCUUUCUAGAUUUUAUAGAAACGAAGUUAUGAUUUUUUUGGUGAAUUUUUUUUAUACCCCCUUAUUUAUCUUUGUUUUUAACUCUGAAAACUUGUGACCGACUUUCCAAACAUCUGCUUUAUUUUGCCAACAACUUGUUCAUUUUAAAAGAUAAUGCUACCAAAUUUUUAGGAGACAUUCUUAAUGCAAUAUACAAUACAAUGAACAAAACAACAAUAACAUCAGUACUUUCUAUUUUGAAAAAUUUUAUUUAAGGUUCCCCGUAUGUUAAAAAAAAUUUGAACAGAAAAAUUUGGAAAAUUCAAUACUGAUAAUAACAAAGAAAAAAAAAAAACUUGUUUAUUAGAUUUGAACUAGUUAUAUGCUUGUGUUAAAUUUUGAAUAAAUUCUUAUACUUAUAAAAAGGUAAGUAGUUUUUUUUUCUCUCUGCAUAUAAUGUAAUUAUAAAUAAAAAUUACUCAAAACCAUUUUUUUAAUCUACAUUCAAACGUGCCUCCUUGUUCGUUGAUGGAAGGAAUUCCACCGAGUUCUGCAAUAGAAAAUUUUCUCUUGUGUCUGAAAAAAGCCUAGAAAAACAUCUUAAUAAUUUCAAUCAUAAUCCUGAAUAUACACAAUUUCUUUUUAAUAUAAAUUAUUAUUCACAUUAUGUGUUUAUUAAGACUGGUUUCAUUUUUAUUUUAUUAACCAUUUUUUUCUAAUUCUAUGUCAUGUCAUUACCAGUACUUAACAAUAUUUUAAAUUUUAUGAUUAAAUUCCCUAUUUAAUUUAAAAAUACCAUUUAAAUUUAGGUUUUAAUUGCAUUUGUUGUAAUAGAAUAGUAUUUGUUCAUUAGUAUUAAUAUUAAGCCUAAGCUUAACUACGAAUUUAAUAUACCAGAAUACCAGUACAUCAACUCUAUGUCGACUAUAAAAUGGCCUAUGACACCAUCAAAAGAAACUAUUUAUAUGAGACUCUGCAGGAGUUUGGGAUACCCAACAAACUGACAAGGCUAAUACAUGUAACACUAAACAACUCAAAAUAGACGAGGCCUAAGACAGGGAGACUCACUGUCUUGUAUGCUCUUUAACCUAACAUUGGAGAAAGUUAUUCGAAACAUACACAUUGACACUCGAGGAAUGAUAACAGGAUACUUUCUGAGGGAAACUCAAGACCCACAACCAACGGGCACACUCUACAACCAACCACUCCAGUAUCUUGCAUAUGCUGAUGACAUAGCACUUCUAGGGAAAAGUAUAAAAGACAUAUCAAAAUCCUUUAUUGAAUUAGAAGACGCAUCUUUACAAGCAGGGCUGGAAGUUAACAACCAAAAAACAAAAUACAUGACCAUGAUAAGAGAGGAACAAACAGAUGAAACAAUUAAAAUUAGAAACCAAACUUUUGAAAAAGUAAAUCAAUUCAAAUACCUAAAUUCAAAUACCUAGGAUCCUUGUUAAAUGAAAGAAACGAAUUACUAACAGAAAUAAAAGAAAGAAUAUCAGCCGGAAACAGGGCAUACUUCAGUAGUCAGAAAAUACUCAAAAGUAAAAACAUUACAAGAGAAACAAAGAAAACUAUUUAUAAAACUGUGAUCAGACCAGUUGUAACAUAUGCAAGUGAAACUUGGACCCUAACAAAAACAGCAGAAAACCUAUUAAACACAUGGGAGAGGAAAGUUCUCAGGAAAAUAUAUGGGCCAACAAACGAUGAAUAUGGAUGGAACAUGCGAACCAACCAGGAAUUAUACAGUCUAUAUCAGGAUCCUACGAUAGUGGCAGAAAUAAAAAGAGGCAGGCUACGCUGGGCAGGACACCUAGAGAGAAUGCCAAAUGACAGGAACGAAGAAGGUACAUCACCAAUACCCCAGAGGAAAAAGGCUCAAAGGCAGACCUAGGCUUAGGUGGAUAGAUGAUGUAGAAAAAAAUCUACAGCAGCUGAAAGUCCAAGCAUGAAAAAGAAAGUCAUUAGUUAGGUCUGAGUGGAAGGAAGUAGUGAGGCAGGCCAAAGCCCUACAUGGGCUGUAGCGCCACAGGAAUGGAUUAACUGCUAAUAAUACUGGUGCUGGUAUUCUCGGAUUUUUAUUAUUUUAAUUAAAUAGCAAUUUCCCAUCAAUUUAAUAUUCAUAAUUUCAAUUUAUUUGUAUCAUCUUAUCCAUUUCUAUGAUUUUUAAAACUAACUUUUACUAAUUUGCUUAGAUUUACUCAGAUGUUAAAAGAUUACAAAAGUAUUAAACUAUUAUUGAAUGUUAUUUAGAGCCGCUUCUCCGCUUCUAUCGCCCCGGUGAAGACAAACAAAAUCAAACAUUUUUUUGGCUUUCCGGUGAUGAGGUGUUGAUGUAAUGUGGAGAGCGAUAACAUUCUUUGGAAUGGGUUAAAUUGACUAUUUUAAAGUUAUUAGUAAUCCAAAUUAGAUGAUAAACAUGAGCUUUUGGGUUUUAAUCAUGUAUGAAUGCUCCAAAGAAGUUUUUAAGACACUUUCAACUUACCGAUAGUCAAAAAGUGACACAGAAAGAAAGCGGGGGUUCCCCUCAUUGGGUAAAUUGUAUGAGCGUCACCAUAAGACAAAUAUUUAAUGUAAUCGAUAACAAAACAAAUGUAUAAUUAGAAAACUGUGACGAAGAACGCAAAAAUCAGAGUACACCACAGAGCCGAUUGUGAAAUGGCUACAAAAGUUUUACAGUGAUUUUUCGACUGCGCAGAAGGGAUGCGCAUGCGUUUUUUAAAAUACCUAGCUCCACAGCUGUAACCCUAUAACUUAUAACUGUAAAGAACAUUUUUCAGUAAUUGAAAUGGAAGCCAUGUUCAUAUUCUUGUCAAAAGUGACAAAAUCCCAGACUAAAUGAAUUCAGAGACCCUUACAAUUAUACAUUUUCUGAAAGUACAUUGGAAAAGGUAUCUUAUGGUAUGAAAAAAAAGUGUUUUUAUAUUAUGUAUGUUGAUCUUGACCUAUACAGAGUGAGUGCAAUUUUAGUAACCAGUACUCAACUUCUGAAUUCAAUCCAAACUUAUACUCCAUAAAUUGUUCAAACUAUUAUAAAAUCAAGUUUUUGAGAUACUAGAAGCAAUAUUCUUUCAGAAAAUGUCAAGUUAUAGAUACAUAUAUUGAAAAUUGUAAUAUUGAUGAAUUCACUACUUUCAAAUUUCUAUCAAUCAAAAUAUGAGGGGGAAGGCACGAAAUGAGUUCAAAAAUUCCUUUUCAAAUGAAUUUAUUAAAUCCAUAUUUAUUAAUUAAUACUCAGGAACAUACACAAACAUAAAUGUCUUUGGGAUCUAGUCCUUUUCUGUUUGAUUUCUACCCUUUCCCGAACAAAUUUUUCUGUAACGAUACAACUAGGCUUAGGGCUAAAAUUUUCAGUAUCUGAUUCUUAUGUCGCUAGAGCUAAUAUUGUCAUUACUAGCAAAUUAAACAUCUGUGAAGUCAGUGCUUGCAUUUUAAAUCCAUUUGAAAAUUAAAAUAAUUCCAAGAAAGUCUGUGUCGAUAUUGCUAUCUAGAGAGGAAAGGAACCUUUUCCAGCAGCAGAGAUUAACUGAUACUGUUCUUUUUUCAUGCUUGGAUUCCCAGCUGCUGUAGAUCUUUUUCCAAAUGAUCCAUCCAUUUAAGCAGACGCCUGUCUUUGAUCCAUUUUCCUCUGAGAUUUUUGUAGAGCACCCUCUUCAUUCCUCUAUCAUUUGGAAUUCUUUAUAAGUGUCCCACCCCAACGUAGCCUGUACUUUUUUAUUUCUGCUACCAACGUUGAAUCCUGAUAUAGUCUAUAGAAUUCCUUGUUGGUUUGUAUGCUCCAUCCAUUAUCAUCUUUUUUUUUUUUUUGGUUAAUAUAUUUUCCUGAGAACUUUUCUCCCCCAUGUGCUUCUAAGUUUUAAGCCGGUAUUUUUUCAACAAUUCCAACAAACCAAGCAUGUUGGACUAAAUACAUGGGACAUGGACAGUUAUUGCUCUUUCAUAUUAGAUAGUAUUCAACAAAUCGUACUAACCAAAGCAUGUUGUCAUUCAGUGCCUUCAGCGUUGUGUUGUAAGUUUGCAGAAUGUUUCCUGGAAAAUCAUUUUUUGCAUUAUAACUGGCAAUUGCGGUCUACUGGCUAUGGUUUUGAUUUUUUAAUAUUAUUGCAAGCAAAGACAACUCUGUUCAGAAUCGUAGACAUAAUCUAUUAUGUUAUCAAUUUUGGGCUGUUAUUAGGCUGGUAGCCUGGCACUUUCUAAGAAACAUUGAUACUUGGAACUGGUAUACAGAGGAGUGCCUAUUUCUUUGUUAUAAUAUUGUAUUAAUAAACUUACAUUAGCAUGUUUUAAAGGAAAUAUUUUAAAAUUAAUAAUUAUUUUUCCUUCUUUUUUCCAGGUAUUACGAUAUUCCAAGCAUGUCCUUCCCCAUUUAGCUAGAUUCUGUCUGAUAAGCACAUUUCUUGAAGAUGGAAUUAGAAUGUGGACACAGUGGAAUGAACAAAGAGAUUAUAUGAAUGUCUCUUGGUCAUGUGGGGCCUUCCUGGCCACCAUGUUUGUUAUUACCAAUUUGCUAGGCCAAUUAGUUGGAUGCGUCAUGGUGCUCAGUCGACAAAAAGUACCUAUUGCUUGUGGAAUUCUAUUUGGUAUUAUUGGUUUACAGGUAAUUCUGAUGUUUUCUCGUUACUUAGGUAAAUUAAAUUAAUUGGAAUAAAUUUUGUUGUAGACAUUUUCUUUUUCAAAGAUCAAAGCAUAAUAUUUCAUCAAAUUGUAGCCAUUAUAAUUAUACCAUAUAGCAUAAAAUUUUAACGACAAGUGAGUUAAUUUAAGGCAGACACUGAUUACACAGGGUUCUCUACUGUCUGGCUAGAGCCCAGUGUUUCCCAAAAUGUGUGCAGCAAAGUAUAAUAUUUUGAUAAUUUUAUUUCCACUUUCAUAAUCCAAUGUUACAUUUAGUAGGCUUGGGGAAUAGCAACUCACAUGAGUAAUUACUAUUUGCAUUUACUAGAUGGUGUUUAGUGACUUACCGGUACACACAUGUUUUAGUUACUUUACCCAACUCUUUAAUUGAAAAUAAUACAAUCACUAUUUUGGAAUGUAUUUGUUCCAAGAUUUCUUGAUAUUAUAAGGUGCCUGGUGAAAAACUAAAUUUGGCAAUGGUGCUGCCAAAAAAAAAAUUUGUAGGUACCACUGGUUUAGCAAAACUAAAUAUUCCCUUCUCCCUCAUUGCGUACAUACUUAUGGAUGGCCCCUUGUGUGUUGAAAGAUUAAGAUUGGAAUUGUAUUUUAAGUACUAAUCUGAUUCUAUCAGUCAUUUUCUUCAUGUCCUGUUCUACCCAACAUUUUUUCCAUGGUAAAAAAUGUCAAACUUGCCUUAUAUGGUGUUGUUUUUUGUUUUUUUUUAUUCAACAGACUAUUGCCUACAGUAUCAUCUGGGAUCUUAAAUUUUUAAUGAGGUACUUUUUUAAUCUUUAAAAAUAUUUUACAACAAACAUAUGAAUUAUCUUAUGAAUAACUUUUUGAAACGGGAUAGGCUGAUUUGAUCAUUUUUAUUCAUAUUGUCCUUAAAAUAAAGUCCUAGUUUCGAACUAAAAAUAGUAGCUGCCUAAAAUUUCCUAAACAACCUUCCCUUUGCUAUUGCAUUAAUUUAUUUUAAAUCGAUGCUUUCCUCAACAUUUUCAAAAUUGUUCCUAUUACAGAAAUCUGGCACUUGCAGGUGGUGUGUUGCUAUUGUUGGCAGAGAACAAAGCAGAAGGAAAGUCUCUGUUUGCAGGCCUCCCAUCUUUGGGUGAGAACAAUCCCAAACAGUACAUGCAGCUCAGCGGAAGGAUUCUCUUGGUCCUAAUGUUUCUCACCCUUCUACGAUUUGAAAUGUCUGUCAUGCAGGUAGGAAUUGUGAUGUUGUUUUUAAAUUUUGUCGCCACCAUCUAAAUAUUAAUUAAAAUUUAGAUUGCCCAAGUAAGCUAGCGAAAGAAAACCAGACUUAGCUAUAGUUUCCUUGAUUUCAUUUUAAACUUGUUCAAAUGCAAAGGAAAGUUUGUUUUAAGGUUAUCCUGAUUUCUCCUUCCUGGGUUAAAGGAGUAAAUGUGGCACACUAUGAUCAUGUUUAAUAAAAAGGACAAAUGUUUAAACAAAAUUCUUCCUCUGCGAUCUUAAUAGAAUUUCAUAUUAAAAGAACUUACCUUAAAGAGCUGGAAGCUGUGUUAGAGGGGAACCUGCAAACUGGUAAUUAACUUAAAAGCAUAGGUAUGGAAUUAGAGAACAAAAAGGGAGAGGAAAGUAAGUACAUAUUGAUUGGAGGUAAAACAUCCAUUCUAUUCUAUUUGUCCUCUCAGGAUUAAAUAAUUAAGUUGGGCAGCCGGCAUGAUGAAGUUAAUGCUUCUUAUUAUAAUCUUUUGUUCCCUAUCAUAAAAUUUUAUUUUUGGCUCAUAAUGUUCUUUGUAUUCAUCCAAAUAAUUCAUAGUUUGCAAAAAUUAUCUUUGUAUCCACCAGAUCAUUCAGAAUUUGAUAGGCACCACACUGAUCAUCUGUAUCGCUAUUGGUUUCAAGACGAAACUCUCUGCCCUGGUCUUGGUCCUGUGGCUCACUGGCCUCAAUGUUUACUUCAACGCCUGGUGGAACAUUCCAGACUACAGGCCCAUGCGUGACUUCCUGAAGUAUGAUUUCUUCCAGACAAUGUCUGUCAUUGGUGGUCUUCUACUUGUGGUAGCUUUCGGCCCUGGUGGUGUAAGCAUGGAUGAGCAUAAAAAGAAAUGGUAGUUAGAGCUAGGAAUUAUUAAACUCAAUUUUAAAUCAUAAGUCAUUCAUAAACAACCAACCGGCCUUUGCUUAGAUGACAGAUCUGUUGGAUUGUCAGAAUAGAGAAGUCAAUACAUUGUAUCAAAUAAAAGAAAUGAUAUUUCUAUGAGUCUGUAGAAAUGAGCUAGGUCUGGUUAACCAAACUUAUCUGUAUACAUAUACUUUUAAAUAAUAAAAAUAAUUCUUUUUUAAUGAUGCUUCAAAACGUAUAUUCUUGUAUUAUGAAAGAGAGAUGGUGAUGCAUGCAAACAUGAGACUCAUUAAAUAUGUCAGAGUUGAGUUCAGAAGGUCUGCUACACAAAUUUCCACAAUGGUAUACAAUUGUGUGUACAUACUAAAUGUACAUUUGUUGCUAAAAGAUCCUACAGUGUAUUCCAACACAAAGUUUUUCCUUAAAAUGAAAAAGUAAAUGCUGCUGUGUCAACAAUUUUUUGUUAUACAAGUAUUUGAAUAGUUUCAGUUUAUCGGUCAAAAUUUGAUAAUCAAACAAAAUUAGGUCAAGUAUAAUAAGAAAGAAAGUAGAUAUUACCACUCAAGGCAUUGUUUACUUUAGACACAAAAGUAAAAAAUUAUAAUUCCUUACCAAAUUAACAUGGUGGUGGGUUAAAGGUGUUUGUUAUUUUUAAAAACAAAAUUCUGCACCAACAUAUAACUAACGUGCAGGAAUUUUCAAGAAGGUGAAUGUUGUGUAGAACCAGGGUGCUGGAGUCUUUUUAAAAAAAACAACUAAACAAUGGUUAUAAUAAUAGCAUUUUUUUUGUACAACUUUGUUUCAACGCAACCAAUCUGGUCAAAUUAUUUUUUUUUUGUGUACAAAAGUAACUUUUUUUUUUCCCACUUGAUGUGAUAAGUGAAUUUUAAAAUAAAUGCGUGCGAAAUUGUUAUGUCUGAUUUGGACAAGUUGAGAAUACAGAGCUCCCUCUUUUAUUAGGCACUGUACUUUAUCACUACGGCAUGUUGUGUUGUUUAUAACUUUAGUGUUGUUUUUGUGUCUUUGAUGCUUGCAAGAAAUUCUAGCUGUGUACUCUGUUUUACUGAAGAAGUUUCUUGAUUCGGGUUUAGUUAUCAUUGUGAUCCAAUCCUGUUUUCUUGUAUUGCCAUAAUCACAGUGGCAUGGCCAAAGCAAUUAAUUGUUCAUUUCUAUAAAAUGACCCAGAAUAGACACCAACUUGAAUUUAAAAAAAAAAUGGGGGUUAGAAUUAAUUAAUGUUCAGUUUAUAUUUAUUGUGCAUUACAAGUGAUCUAGCACUACCACCAUUAUUACUCAAUCUUGGGUGUGUAUGUAAUGCUUGAAUCAUAGUCACAUAUUAUUGAUCCGUUUAUAAAUUAAGGCAGGACAGGAGGAAUCAUAUUUUCAUGAACUUUGAAAUCUGUAUAGUAGGUCUUCUAAUAGUUCAGCAAUUUAUCUUGUCUUUUGAAGUUAAAGGAUUAUUUGUUCUUCCAAGUUAAGAAGUUUUGUUUUAUAAUCUGCCAAAGUUCAGAAGUUUUGUUUGUAUCUACCAAAGUUCAGAAGUUUUGUUGAUAAUGUACCAAAGUUAAGAGGUUUUGUUCAUAAUUUACCCCAAGUUUAUUUUUCUGUUUUAAUGACAGCUGCUGUGAAGUAUAACUGAACAUGACAUUUUAUCACUGGUAUCAGAGUUUAAUUUACCACAUAAGAUUUUGUGUACCAGAGAUGCUUACAUCUCCUCUUGCAUCUCCUCUAGCAUCUCCUCUGAAUGAGCUAAUAACCCUGUCAAGUGCAAUUGUUUGUUUACAGCUUUACUCCCCUUGAUUUGUACUCCCUCCUUAGCUCUAAGUUUGAUCUUGCCAAGAUUUUCUUGUAGAUUUCUGCAUGCUUGACUUAUAAAUAUGUGGUUCAUAUAUUCAUGUACAACGUAGUUUGUAUUUAAUAUGAGGAUGCAUGAGAAAAGUGUGGAUGCUUUAAAAAUAUGUUACACAAGAGGUGAAUUGUAAAUACUAAGAUCAGAUUCUCUUGGCCCACUUAUCAAGAUUCCUGAAGUAUAUUUUCUUCCUUGCCCAUAUUUUUAUGUCAAAAUAUCAUUGCAUCUUUUUGUUUUAGAAAAUAAAUUAUUGUCAAUUUCAUAAACUAUGUUUUGUUGUUUGAAUGUUAAAUGCUUGAGAAAACAAACCAGGCAGUAUAUUGAUUAUAUAAUUAUGCACGGUAAAUUUAUAAUGGUGGUCUGAUUAAGUGGUUAAGGUAUAUUUGGACUUAAAGAUUUUACAAAUUUGAAUAUUGAAUUGAUUAUGGAAAGAAAAUUAGCAAACAUUUCAAUAGCAUAAUUGAAGGUUUUAUUUCUAAAAUUAAAAAUCAUUGAUGUUGCCAAGUCCUUAAGUAUAAACAACAAAAAAAAUCAAAAUAUAACUAUUUCUUGUAUACUGGUCCAGAACUAAGUGGUUGUUUUGAACUAUGAAAGAAAAAUUAUACAAAUAUGUUUCAAAUGAAAUUUAAACUGUGAAACAGAUGAUUGAUAAAUACAGGUUUUAUUGGCUUUAAUAUCACUCAACCCAGCUGAAUGCACAUACUAAGACUACACCAGUCAACUAUGGACACUUCACCUCCACACUGCAUGUGAUUGUCAUUUUACUAUCUGUUCAGGGCUGUCCAACUGACGGCCCACAGCAGCAUAGCUUGUAGCCUGAAAACCUUUUGAAAAAUCAUCCAGGCUUUCCUUAAACUUAACAUGAUGAUCUGAUUAAAUAUAUAACUGUAUAUAUACUGUAUACUGUUCGUAAGUAAUUAGCAUAAUUUGAAUAUAGUAUAGUAGUCAUUGCAAUAUAUAUGUAAACAGGACCAUUCUAUGAUUGAUUUUCUUUAUUAAAAAAAUUAAAAUACUGUAUGUACACUGAAGAAUGGAUAAUACUGUUUUAGAGUAUUAACAUAAUGAUAUCACUGUCUAAGAAGGAAUAUAAAUUGAGACCUUAACUAGCUUCAAGUUUAGACAGAUUUUUGUAUGUGAUUGAUAAUAACAUAGAUAUAUUUUUUUUCUUUUUGUUAUUAAAUUAGCCAUAGCUGUAUUUUUUUUUUUUGGUUUAAAAUCAUGAAAAUAAAAUAGUAUUUAACUGUAUUUCAUGUGAGCUAGCAACAUUUUCAACAAAUUAUGAUGUUUACUAUACAAAAUAUAUAAUAAAAUAUAGUUAUUGACACUGGAUAAUUUGAUUUCAGUCACAAGGGUUGAUUUGGCUCUAAUAAAUUACAAUAUUGCCUAAAAUAAUUGUAUAAUACUAAUGCCACAGACUUGUUGUAAGGGUCUGGAAUGUUUUGAUGCAGCAGUCUAUAAAUGUGCAUAUAAAUUAUAAAAGAAAUGUAAGAGAACUACACUUUAAAAAAUGUUUCCAUAAAAAAGAAGCUAUGAGUUAUUUAUUUAUUAUUAUUAAAAAUAUGUUUCAGAUUUUUUUUUCCAGGAACUAAAAUGAAGCUAUAUAUUUAUUAGUAUCUUUAAUAAAUAAGUUUCAUGGAACUUUUUUUGUAAUUUUCUCAAGAAAGAAAUUAAAUAUUCACCACUGAAAUAGAGAUUAUAUUAUUACAAUUACGAUAGAACAUUAACGUUUUAAAAGAAAACCUGUUUUAUUUGAUCACAUGAUGUUAUUCUACAAGGGUAAACAUGUUUGUCCCAACUGCUUUUCUGUUUUAGCUAUUUAUUAAAAUCACGUACCCAACCUGCUAUAAUUUAUUACUUAAGUUUUGUUUGAUUUAAUAGAAAAACAAUUUUGAUGUUGAAAUGAUAUGAAUGUGUUGAAUUGAUCGUCCUGUUACUUUUCACCGUGUCAAGUUCAACACUUCUUGUUAGAAUAAACAAGCUAAUUUACUAUCCAG